AAAAAAAAAAAAGUGGAAUCACACAGCCGAUACAACGAGAAGGCAGAAUUCAGCUGAAACAGAGCUGAAAGGCAAGCCAUGACCUCAAUUUUUCACCGAGCGAUGCACAGGAGACUUUCCGAAGAUGACAGCCGCGAGUCCAGCGACGAAGAUCCGCUUUUCCAACCAGGUCCUCGCGAUGAAAUCCCGAUUAAUGUGAUACGGAACAUCAAUACCUUCGCCAGGACAAAGACGCUGGCCCAGGGUUUCCUGGAUAUGGCGCUCUUCACAGCCAAUGCCUCCCAAAUGAAACAUUUGCUCCAGCAAGGGCCCGAUACGCCAUUCUACUAUUUCCUCAUUACACUACUGUGUAUUUCCGUCAUCCUUCAGCUGAUUGUCGCCCCUCUCCUAAUCUACAAAGGAUCCAGGAACAUAGAAUGUGACGAUCCAGAGAGAAGGCUCAGUGACAGAGUGCACCUUCUGAAUAACAUUGUGACGGGGCUAAUCCUCAUUAUCACAGCUGUCAAUGUGUUCAUCACUGCGUUCUGGUUCUCUCCUCUUCACUCGACCCCUGAGGAUCGCAGCUUUCUCACCCUGGAAGCCGCCGCCGCCGAGUGUUAACGGAGCGCCGCGCAGAGAGCCGUAGACGUCUGCGGGAAGGCUGAAGUGUCUUGGACAAUCCUCGCCGAGUACAAUUACGGGCCUCACGCUGAGAUCAAGUCGCUGCUGGAAAAAUAAAAAUAGGAGCGGGAUAAGCAGUUGCUGGCUCAAGAUGGACGCGGUGCUGACUACGGCAAAGACGUGAAAGACAUUAAACAGAAUAAUUAUGAAUUUUGCUACAAUGUAACAUAAGUAACAUAUCUUAAAAUACUGUAGAAUUGUGCUCCUACUUCUAGUUUAAAGGACUGUUUACAACA